AUGGACAACUUGCUUCUCAUGGAACUAGCUGAAAUCAAUGAAAAGCUCGCAGGAGCUCAAAGUGAAGCUGCCCCAAAAGAGACUGAAUCCAUUUUCAGAGAUACACCAGAGGAACUUACUGAGGAUGUGAGCAAAGCUCUUGAACAAGAUGACUUUGAAAAGGCCGAGGGGAGUUUAACAAAGACAAGGUACUAUUCAGAUAUAGGAGAAAAGAUCAAGUUAAAGAAGAUUACCCUUUAA